UAUGAAUUUUGUAAUAACACGGGUUUGCUCACAGAAAUCCAAUGUAAAUCGAGGAGACUUCAAAAGAACUUUAAGCAGAAUAAUUGAUUUUACUCUAACAUGAAAGUGGAAGAGGAAGGAGUAGACAACACAUUUCUAUCAUCCACCAGUAGAUCUGGAAAAGUGAUUCAGGAAAGCAUGGAACUAACUCAAGAGGAACAUCAGCUCAUUAAUAACAUUGUGGCUGCUCAUCAAAAAUAUACUAUUCCUUUAGAAGAAACAAAUUUGUUUCUGCAGGAACAUGCAAAUUCUGAACUGAACUUUUUGCGACUUUCAGAGACAGCAGUCCUACACAUAUGUGGGCUAAUGAAUUUUACCAAGAGGCUCCCAGGAUUUGAAAAUUUGACCAAUGAGGAUCAAACUGCACUACAGAAGGGAUCAAAAACUGAAGUGAUGUUUCUCCAUGGGGCCCAACUUUACAGUCAGAAAGAAUCAGACUCUGAAUGUAUUACUGAAGAAUUUAUUACCACACUGUUUUACUUCUACAGAAGAAUGAGCAAACCUGAUACUACUAAUACUGAAUAUACUCUGAUUGCAGCAACAAUUGUUUUCAGCAUUCUUCGACAACAGAAGCCUAAAGAACUUCCACUCCAAGGAAAUACAGAAUCCGGGAAGGAAUUGUUCCUAGCGAGAAGGGAAAUCUCGCGAGAUUCAGGUCCUGGGAGCCUGGCAAGCCCACGCAGCGACGGUUAUUUAGCCGUUGAACUGCCAGCCGCCCGGGGCCCACGCGCUCCGGGCCGCUCAGCCUGA